AUGGAUGUUCAUCCUCCAACGUUGGGAGCCCAUUGCUCUGACCAGUUCCCAGCCUUCAUCCCCUUUUGGAUAACCAUUCAUGGCAUUCCCCUCCACUACUGGACUAAGGAGGCUCCAGAAGCCAUUGGCGAAGGUCUAGGACUGGUUGAAGCUACUGAUGUGGUAAAAGGAAGGGGUAGGGUCCAUAUUAAUGGCCUCAAACCCCUUGAAAAGUUCCUUGAUAUUAGCCUAGAGGGUGAAACUAAACAAGUUGAGCUCGAAUAUGAGAAGCUUGACAAGCACUGCUUCUCAUGUCUCUCUCUGUCUCAUGAAGUCAAAGACUGCCCCUCAAGGACUACCAACCGAAAUACUUCAGACCAGAACUUGGGAAUCUCCCAAAGACGUACGUUGGAACGUAUCGAAGAAAACAGAAGGAGAGCUGAUAAUCGCAAACAAGCAAGGUUCACACCCUACGAGGAUUCGAGGAAUCAUAGGAGAACUGAUCACUCUCAGGGCAACCAAGGCUAUUAUAACGAGCGCCCUGAGAAUCGCAAUCAUCACUACGAUGGUCGCAGAGAGCACCUACCUGACAGAUCACUCUCGAAUAGAUCAUUCUCUGCAAACGAAAUUAGAGAAAGAGACAUAACAAGAUCCAGAGAGCCUACUGAUACACUACCACCCAUUAGAGAGACCUCGGAUGUCUCUCUCAGAUCCCGUGGAAUGCGCUCAGCAAAUCCUCCAGUUAAGAAUGUUUGGCGCCAUGUCUCAGGAGAUCGGGAGAAUGGACGACACUCUAACUCGGUCCAAUCUCAAGUGUCUCACACACCAUCUCCCCUCCCACCACGUGAGCGGAUUACUUCAUCUAAUAUCACGCCACAGGGCACGCCCCGACCCGCUGGUGAAAAGUCUGCAACUCCAUCUGCAAGACGCUCAGCUCUCGAGCGAUUGUCUGAUGGAGACACUAAUGCCUCAACGGGAGAAAGACGCUCAGCGUUGGCUCGCAUCUCCACUCCCCCCCACCAGGGUCCCUCUACUACAUAA